GUUUAUAACAGCAGAAAAACUCAGCUGAAACUCUAAGUAAAAUAAUAUAAUAUUUAACUGACAUGGGUGACAUUUGGCUCCAGUGUUUCCACUGUAGACAUUUUCCAGAAGGACCAAAACUUUAAGCUUUUGAGUACUCUGAAGAUCAUUCAAGGUUACGUUACAAAAAUUAAGUAAUACUGUGCUGCCAAAAUUCUAAAAAGGACGUUAGUUUAAUGAUAGCAGAUUAAACACAUUUUAUGCGUUUAAAGAUACAAAAAAUAUUCUCAGACAAGACAAGAAUUUAUUCAGUAAAGCUUAGUAAAGUAGAAGACAAUUUCCAAAUAAAACCACAUUACGUAAGUGUUUAGAUUUAUCUCUUCAAAUACAGAACCAACUUUAAGUCAAAAACCUAUAAGCAUUCAUAAUGCAGUUUGACGUUUAUUAACUACCUGUGACAGAAUAGAGCCAGCUGAAAAAUAAAAUAAAAUAAAAAUCAUGGCCUCAUCUGCAUAAACCUUCACUUUGGCUGUAGAUAUAUUCUUCCAAAUACUAAUUUCAAAAAAAGUGUAUAAAAUUGGACCUAAUUUUGAGCUUUGGUAGAACCCAUUUCGAACUAAACUUAUACAGAUCUGCAGUAACGCAGUGUGUUCUGUACAUUUUUCUGCUAGCCUAACACUCAAUGACUCAACCCAACAUCUUGGACCAGAAGCUAAAGAUAAACAGAAAGUAACUUAAAGACUUUCACAAACCUGUCAUCACAAAGCUGCCUCAUAUGCAAGGCCUUCGUAACGUCAUUUGUUGCCAGCAUAAUUACGAUUAUGACACUAUGACACUAAAGCUAGACUUGAGUUUCACGCAAGAAAACAUUGUCAACCAAGAGUUUCUUCUUACUUCUAUACAAUGCUUAUAUCAGAAUCAAAGAUCUCAGCAACAGUAGAAAGUAGUUUUCUUAAAUUAUGAACAAGCUCCUUGAAUAACAGUAGCUGCAUAUGUGGAAGCUUUUGACAUUUUGCCAUAUUCAAACCCCAAACUCUUAAUCGGAUUAUAUAAGAGAGUGAUAAAUCAAGUUUGCUCCAAAGAAAGAUGACUUAAUGGAUUUUAUUGAAACCUAAAACAACACAUCACCCCGAAAAUACAAUACACCUGCCCACUUUGACUAUUUAAAAUUGUGCUUAUAUUUCAUAUGGAUGUCUGCUCUGUAUGGGUGUGUGUUUUUAUCAGUUAGGGCCUCCAGGGGGCGAUGGGUAAAAGAUGCAAAGAGGGUGAGCAGCGAGAUAUCUUGACCAGAUCAUGUGUCCCCUGUCGCAUGUUAUGUCAGCAACUGCCUGCAUCCCCCAGUUGUGCCAUUUACUGUGAGCCUGUAUUCUGCAAGGCUAAGCCCGGCCACUACUACGACAGGCUGGUGAGGAGAUGUAUGAAGUGUGCAGACAUUUGUGGUAAACAUCCAGCAGAGUGCUCCCCACACUGCCCGACUCAGUCACCUCUGACGACAACUAAAAGACUCCCUUCUGAAGUCAGCAAACAGGCAGUGAACACCAAGCCACCACUAGGACCUUUGGACCCUGCCAUCCAACUGUACGCCCUCUUAGGUUUAUGCACAAUACUGCUACUUUCCAGCCUGUGUCUCGCCUUGGUUGUGCUUCUGAGGAGAGGAAAGGCCAAAAACUCAAACACCAAACCCACAAGUACCAAAAACCAGAAGCAAACGAGCGCUGUUCAGCCAGGACAGGAGUCUGGAUUCCCAGAAAAUUGUCCAGCCAGUUCAACCCAUCCCCCCUGCCGUGAGUCAUCAGAGGACUCCUACCCAACGGAGACCUGCAUGUGCGUCCACUGUUUCCCUGACCUGAGGGGGCUCAGCCAGGACAGCAGCAGACAGCAGAGGCCAUCCGAUUCAUUCUACCAGCAGGGCAUCCUUCAUAGAGCCCACAUCCAAAAUGGGGGUUCCCUGUGGACAGGGGGCAGCCUGAGCGCCUCGGGUCCAAAAGUACAACAGGAGGCAGCAGUGGGAUGAGGUCCGUCUGCAAAACUACAGCUGGAGGAUUUCUACUUGGGAUAUUGGAGGUUGUUAGUUAAUGUGCAGUUGACUUUUAAGGGAGUAGUCAGCAGUGAAAGGUAUAACUUUGUGGUGACCUGCAAUAUUUUAGGCCUAACAAGCAACCAUGGUACUUUGUUCAAACUAAGAUCUAACUAGGACUACAGCAGACACAUAAACUUUUAAGGUUUUACCUCAUGUUUCUUAAAGCGCAACAUCUGCUCUAACAUUUUUCUAGAUAGUUUUUCCAUGGCAGCACUUAAAAUACAGUCAAGGAUCAACAAGGAAACUCUGGUUACACUGGCCUGCAAGGACAUAAAACAUAAAGAUUUUUCACGCUAUAAACACAGACUUAGUGGAUUUUAUAAAGAUUUUUGUGGCAAAUCAACAAAAACGAGUAAUUAGUGAAGUGAGCGUAAUAUUUGCCGAAAUGCAAUAAAGUGGACACCCGCCCAUUUUUGACAUUUAGUAUUCACAGAGUCACUUUAUUUAGGAUGCAACUCCAAAUUUGUGAAAGAUUUGCUGAUUUUUUCCCCCUAGACCAUGUCUUAAAUAUUCAAAAUAAAAAAGAUUUUGGGAAGCUGAGAUACUUAUAUUUCAGCUCCCCCCUCCCCUUACACCAUCAUCGUAGUUCACCUACUACAAACAGGUAUAAAGGUCAAAGGUUCCUGCACUCAUUUCUAAAAAGAUUGGGUAGAGAUAGUCUCAUAGCUGAAUACCUACAGCUUUUAAAGCCGUCUUGGGAAAAACCUGUUCAGUGUUGAGAAUUCUGAGUCACCACAGAAGCUGUUCAGUGGUUGAGUGAUAAAUGGACCUGAUACACAAACUCUUGACUGGUUUUAUUAUUAAACAUAAAAUCACAAGUUUUCAGUAUGAGGUCAUCAGCCUUUCUGAAGUGGGAACACAAGGAGGGGACAUUGUAGAGGAUAUAAAGGUGUAAAUGACCUAAAAAUGUUGGUUUUUUUUUUAAAUUUUUCAAUCAAUUUUUUCAUUCAAUUGGGUGUUUUAGUUUCAGUUUCUGGCUCAGCAUUUCCAAAAGGAAUGUUUUUUAUGCAUGUCGACUUGUCUUUGACCCUGUCUGACCCUAUAAAAUAAAAACCCAUCGUCUGCUUUGGCUUGUGAAAGUGUUGGGCCUGUUAUUAACACCACAUCAUGAUUUCAAACACUUUAACAAGUCUAAAUUCGUGUAUGCGAUAAUGUGACACACACACAAACGUAUAUGCCCGCAUAUUUA